CUACAGCUACGAGCAGGCGCCUUUGAUUACCCGCAGAGCCAUACUAAAGAAGGAACGUUCUAUAUGGUCUAACUAGCACGGGAAACUAAGGCAGAGCUCACACCCUUCAUCGGAUGAAGUUGUGCCCCUCUAGUACUUUGUCAUAUUCGCUGUGCUCGUUCACAUUUGCCACUCUCAUCUGCCUCCGUCACGUCACAUUCGUCCCUCGUUCUCCUCCAGCGCUUAAAGCAGCCUGGCUUUCAUCCGCUUACCCUCUCGAAAAUGCCAUGUCGCUAAUAAUGCCAGAAACCUCUCCUCUUGGCAUCAACGCAUUGCGCCCUCUCGUGCUCCACUGCUGUCCCACCAGCAUAUGCACCAACUAGAUGAGCAUCUCCCAUUCUAAUUUGUCUUGCACAUUACGCCCAUGGUCAGCUGCCGCAUUUUCUAGUAGUUG